ACAGUCAAAUGAUCCUAUCUUUUAAAUUUAAAAUCCUAUAAUUAUAAUUUUAUAUGAUAAUUAUCCUUAAUCGAAAAUUUCUCUAUAUAUGCACAUGUACUCUGUGUCAGCACUCAGCUCUAUCUGUUGAAGAACAUAGUCACUGUUUUUCCUGUUCAAUCAAUAUUCUGUAUCUAAUCAGUUUAAAUAAGAUGAGCAAAAUGAAGGGUGGGAAGAUAUUGUUGCUUCUCUUUUGCCUAAAUAUAGUCGCUUCUCUUGUGAUUGCUGAUGGUCCACCAACUUGCCCUGCUGAUCUUGGUGGCGAAUGCAGUGGUUCAGAUGAAUGGAAAGGUGAAUUCUUCCCUGGUGUUCCCAAAAUCAAAUACGAGGGUCCUUCUAGCAAGAAUCCACUUGCAUUCAAAUGGUAUAACGCAGAAGAAGAGAUCCUUGGGAAGAAAAUGAAGGAUUGGAUGAGAUUCAGCGUUGCAUUUUGGCAUACAUUCCGUGGGACAGGAGGUGACCCAUUUGGUGCACCAACCAAAUAUUGGCCUUGGGAGGAUGGUACCAACUCUUUGGAUAUGGCCAAGAGAAGAAUGAGAGCCAACUUUGAGUUCCUGGACAAGCUUGGAGUUGACAGGUGGUGUUUCCAUGAUAGGGAUAUAGCCCCGGAGGGCAAAACUCUAGAGGAAACUAAUGCAAACUUGGAUGAAGUUGUGGCCCUUGCUAAAGAGCUGCAGGGAACCAAGAUUCGUCCUUUGUGGGGCACAGCUCAGUUGUUUAUGCAUCCUCGUUACAUGCAUGGUGCUGCCACUAGUUCUGAUGUAGGUGUAUAUGCAUAUGCUGCAGCUCAAGUUAAGAAAGCAAUUGAGGUCACACACUACCUAGGUGGAGAAAAUUAUGUUUUCUGGGGUGGACGUGAGGGGUACCAAUCUCUCUUGAACACGGAUAUGGAAAGAGAGCUUGAUCAUUUGGCAAGGUUUAUGGAAGCAGCUGUUGCCUACAAGAAGAAGAUUGGAUUUAAUGGAAUCUUGCUAAUUGAGCCCAAGCCCCAAGAACCUACCAAACACCAGUAUGAUUGGGAUGCUGCGACAGCAGCUAAUUUCUUGCGAAAAUAUGGCCUAAUAGGAGAAUUCAAGCUGAACAUUGAAUGCAACCAUGCCACUCUUUCUGGUCAUAGCUGUCAUCAUGAGCUUGAAACUGCCAGAAUCAAUGGUUUACUGGGAAAUAUUGAUGCAAACACUGGUGACCCUCAGAUUGGAUGGGAUACAGAUCAGUUCUUGACAGACAUUGCAGAGGCAACUAUGGUUAUGCUUAGUGUGAUAAGAAAUGGAGGGUUGGCACCGGGAGGAUUCAACUUUGACGCAAAAUUGCGGAGGGAGAGUACAGACGUUGAGGACCUAUUCAUUGCUCAUAUUGGUGGAAUGGAUACAUUGGCUCGUGGACUGCGAAAUGCUGCAAGGUUGAUUGAGGAUGGUUCCUUGGCUGAGCUUGUUCGCAAGCGGUAUCAGAGUUUUGACACAGAAAUUGGAGCACAAAUAGAGGCUGGCAAGGCUGAUUUUGAAACGCUUGAGAAAAAAGCCUUUGAAUGGGGUGAACCAAAGGUUCCUUCUGCUAAGCAGGAACUCGCAGAGAUGAUCUUCCAGUCUGCACUAUAGACUGUGGUAACAUACAAUAUAGCUGUGAAGUAGCCGGGCUCUGCCCACCCUCCCCUUGAUACCCACCUUUUUAAUAAUCCGUGGUAUGAAAAAUAACUAGUAGAAAUGAAUGAUGACAUACCCUUUUGUAAUGUAGUCGAGGAUGUAGUUGAGUAGAACGCAUUAUAAACAGUUUUGAAUUUGCUUGGAUUCUCUACCUGUUUUGUGUUUGUUUGUCCCUUUGUUGCAUGAGGGAGCAUAGGUUCUUAAGGUUCUAUUUGGCAUUGUUUUUUAAGUUAUUUGUGAGAGAAAACCAUAUACUUAAAAUUUUGAUUUACAUUUUAGAUGAAAUCAAAAUAAAUUUAUUUAAUUUAAACAAAA